CCCUUUUAUAGGUGUGAUUGCCUCGUGACUGCAUUUAUUCUGCACGCCUACUAUUCUUGAUCAUUGAGUUUGAGUUCUUGCACCUUACCAUUUAUUACACUCCUUUUCAUCACAACACCCUUCUUCUGUCCGUAUUUUGCGUGAAGACUAGGCUGUGUGGUAGGAAGCAUUUAAGGACCUGAAUCAUUUUUUUCUUUUACUACAUUCAAUUUACUCUGUCACCACUGGUUAAGAAUAUGCAGACCCCCAAAGCAAGAAGCAGUCGUUCGGGCGCACCACAGAAGAGUUCUCCUCGAUCUAUAUCCUCGGAGGCAUCUCCCAAAAGCUCCUCUCCUCAAACUGUAUCAUCAGAAGCUCCCCAAAAGGUUUCUCCGAGGGUAGUGCGUCACCUCAAGACAGGGCCGCGUUUCUUAGACCCUACCGCAUCUUCAUCAAACCAAGCAAACCGAGCACCAAAAGAGAGAAGUCCUAAAAUAGCCGAUCGCAAAUCCCCUAAAAGCCCGCUCUCUGAGAAGAAGCGGCCUAGCAAAAUACCUGAGCUCGAGAGACAGAUUUCUCAGCUUGAACAUGAUCUGGAAGUUGUCAAGGAUCAAUUAAUCUCUACGGAAGCACAGAAGAAGCAAGCGCAGAAAGAUGCCGAGGAGUCUAACCACCAGCUCUCGGCCCUGUCUUUGAAGCUCGAGGAGUUGCAGAAACACCUCUUGGAGCAGCCAUCUUCGGAGGAACAAAAGUUGGGCUCACCAUCUGAACUUGAGGCUUUCAAGAAGCAGAGCUCUCAUGAUUCGGCUGCACUAGCAUCUGCGUUGGAUGAAAUCACGCAACUUAAGAUUCAGCUUGAGACGGUAGCUGUGUCCGAGGCCCCUCAAGCUAAUCACUCGGAAUCUGAGCAAAACGACCUCCUUAAAUUGAAAGAGAAGUUAUCUGAUACACUCUUGAUCGUGGAAGAAAUGAAACAGCAGGUAAUGUAUAGCAAAGAAUCUGAAGCUCAGGCUCAGGCACUCGUUGGAGAGACUCUGGUGCAACUGGAAACGGCCAAGAAGAUGGUGGAGACGCUGAGGUCGGAUGGACUAAAGGCCACUGAAGCUUAUAAAGCCAUUGCUUCUGAACUGGAGCAGUCGAGAGCUCGUGUUAAUUUCUUGGAAGAUCUUGUGAGCAAACUCCAGGCGGACAUCAGUAGUGGUGGCUACAAACAGACUCAAGGCAAAGGCGAAGGUGAAAUGGAGGUUGGUUCUUUGAAACUCGAAGUUGAGCAGUUGAGAUCGGAUUUAGAAGCCCAUGAGAUAAGAUACAAUGAAGAACGAAGCCGUAGUGUGGAGAAGAUACAGGAUGCUAUGGAAAUGGUGGAGAAGUUCAAAUCCGCUUCGAGUCAGAGAGUGUCUGAGCUGGAAAAGGAGCUACGGAGAUCCAAAUAUGAGAUCGAGGAGCUCAAGGCGAACCUGAUGGACAAGGAGACGGAACUGCAAGGUAUAUGUGAGGAGAACGAGGGCCUCACCAUGAAGCUUGAGAGCUCCGUGUCAGGGCAGAGGGAGAUUGAGCUGGAGAAGAAGUUCCAUGAGUCAAAGACCGAGUUAGAUACUCUGAAGGCUAGUUUGGCACAGAAGGAGGUAGAGUGGCAAUGCACAAUAAAGGAAAACGAAAAACUGAAGGAAAUGAUGAAUGGCAGAAGGAGUGAGGAAGUUGGUGACUUGGAGUCGGAUAGGGCUGCAGAGAGUGAGGCGGCCGUGAGGGCGAGCUACAUGGUGAAGGAAAUAGAGAAGAGUAACAAGAAAGCGGCGAGAGUGGGGGAGCAGCUGGAGGCGGCACAAGCAGCGAAUGCAGAGAUGGAAGCUGAGCUGAGGAGGGUGAAAGUGCAAUCGGAUCAAUGGAGGAAGGCUGCGGAGGCUGCUGCUGCAAUGCUGUCGGCAGGGAACAACGGGCAGAUAAUGGAGAGAACGGGGUCCAUGGACAGUCAUUACAGCCCACAGACAGGGAAGAUAAGCUCGCCUUAUGCCGACGAUCUUGAUGAGGAGUUGAAGAAGAAAAAUGCCAACAUGCUGAGGAGGUUUGGGGUGUUGUGGAAGAAGCCACAGAAAUAGGAGGGAGCAAUGAGCAUCAUUGAUUAAUCUUUACGGUGGUUUUCUUUAGGCAUCCACAUCUUUUGGUAUCUUGAACCAUAUUAUUCUGUGUAAGCAUAUGACAACCAUUUAUGUUAUAUAUCUUCAGUCAAAAGGAGCUGUAAAAUCAAUCUGUGUGCGUGUGUGUGUGUUUCUGAUAGAGUUUCUCAUGAAGAUGCAUGUAAUUUUUUGCUGGCUCUCUCUCUCGCCAGUUUAUUUUAUAUAAUUCUGUGAUUGGUAUUGGCAAA